UUUUCCAGCGAUUCACACACCCAAUUGGACAAACACCAUGGAACCCAUCUAUCCAGCUGCACCCUUGGAGGCGCCCAAGGGAUCCGCCGAGCUGCAGUCGGCCCCUGAGCAACAGCACCUUCUGCCACCGGCUCCACCCAGUUACGACCAGGCCACGACCACUCCGGCCGAAACCACGGGACCAGCUCCAGCUCCAGCGACCACCUCCACCACACAGCACACGGUCGUCGUGGUGCCCGGUUCGCCCUACGGACCGGAGCCCAUGGACGUGCAGUGCCCGUACUGCCAUAAUUACGCCCGGACACGGGUCUCCUUCAAGCCCAACUCGCGCACCCAUCUGAUAGCCUUGAUAUUGUGCCUGUUCCAGUUGUACUGCUGUGUGUGUCUGCCGUACUGCAUUUCCAGUUGCAUGAGCACCAAUCACUACUGUGGCAUGUGCGAUCGUUAUUUGGGCACCUACGAUCGCAAAUGAGCAACCAAAAAGUUUCGGGGGCGACC